AUUUUUCUUUAAGAAUAGAGAAAAAAUAUACAUAUAAAAAAUCAAUAUUAAAAAAAAAAAAAAAAAAAGAAAUAGUGUGGAGUUUCAAAUCCCUAACAGGCUGACCCUCUUUCUCCCUUACUUCACCCAAGAGCUUUGAUUCUCUCUCAAAAGCCCUCGCCACGACUGCACGAGACGACCCUCCUUCUCAUCCAUUCCAUUCCCCACGGUGAUCAGAAUUUGGGAAUGUCGAACGCCGUGGAUGCUGCCGGAGAUCCGAUACCAACAUCAGCUGUGCUGAUGGCUUCGUCGAAGCAGAUUGCGUUCAAAUGUCAAGCGGAGAACGUAGCUUUUCUCAAGUGCAAGAAGAAUGACCCAAACCCUGAGAAAUGUCUCGAUAAGGGCCAGCAAGUUACUCGAUGUGUUCUUGGCCUGUUGAGAGAUCUUCACCAAAAGUGCACAAAAGAGAUGGAUGAGUAUGUUGGGUGCAUGUAUUACAAUACAAACGAAUUUGAUUUAUGUCGCAAAGAGCAGGAAGCAUUUGAAAAAGCAUGCCCUUUGGAAUGAGAUCUUAGUCCUCAUGUUUCAAUUGUUUUGCAAUAAUUUGGACAGUUUUGCAGUGCUGUUGUUUUCAAUCAGUUCUGAUAUGGUUCUUUAAGAUUUAUCUUAUCUGCUUUGUAUGUGAAAAAGAUGAUCUUUUUUCUGAGGAAUAAUGCAUAAGCAUGGAAAUGUUAAAACCAUAAUUUACAGA